GUAAACAUGUGACUCAUCACACAAAUUUCCAAAGGUGGUAAAGCGAGGGCCAAUCUACGUAGCUCAUGCUGAUUAGCACACACCCACACACCCUACACACAUAUAUGUACACUCCCUCAGCCUCGACGUUAACUGUAAUCAUUAACUCAGUUGGCUUCAAAGGGAAAAAAAGAGAAGCACUGCUUAAAACCAAGCUGAACCUGCGUACAAAUAUCCAGGAAGAGAUUCCAGCCAGAAAAGGAGGACACCACAAAUCAGCUGGCUUAUCUCCAUAAGUGAGUGAGUUGCACAGUGAGUUGGCUCAGCUGAUUCAGGAGAGCUGGACUAGUCAGGAACAUUAUCAUGGUUCCAGCAGUUUGAUGAUUAAUAGUGCUGAUAUCGGUGCAGUGUUCCUGGAAAGAUAAGACUAUCUGGGCUAAAGUCAACAGGGUGGAUCAGAGCAGAGAGCCAGAGCAGGAGAACAUGGAACAGGAAAAAGAUCAGAACUGGGGAAACCUGGAGAUGAAGUUUGGAGUGAAGGUCUUCCUCACAGUACUCUACAGCUUCAUUCUCAUCCUAGGAAUUCUAGGGAACAGUAUCACUAUUCACGUCACACAGGUGCUUCAGAGAAAAGGGUACUUGCAGAAGUGUGUCACUGAUCACAUGGUGAGCCUGGCCUGCUCUGAUUUGCUGGUAUUGCUGAUUGGUAUGCCCGUGGAACUCUAUAGUGCCAUCUGGUUCCCCUUUAGCUCUGCUUCUGGAAAUGCUGCCUGCAAGAUCUAUAACUUCCUGUUCGAAGCGUGCAGCUAUGCCACCAUACUCAAUGUGACCACGCUAAGCUUUGAACGCUACAUGGCUAUAUGCCACCCAUUUCGCUACAAAGCGUUAGCAAAUGCCCGCACUGCUCACCUCAUCCUCGCUGCAUGGCUUACCUCCAUCCUCAUUGCUGUGCCUCUGCUAAUUACAACUGGAACUCAAGGUCAUGUAGUGGAGCCAGGAGGAGCGCCGGCACAGAACCUGACCUUCUGCACCAACCUGCAUGAGUACUGGGGAAUGUAUCGUGCCAGUGUUUUUGUCGCUUUCAUCCUCUACCUGCUGGUCCUUGGCAGCGUGGCUUUCAUGUGCAGGAGCAUGAUUGUAGUCCUCAAAGCCCCCAUGAUUACUACAGACACGUCAGGCACUACCGUGCCUAAACAUGAGAGUGCCAGAGUCAAAGCCUCACGCAAGCAGACCAUCAUUUUUUUAGUGCUGAUCAUGUGUGCGCUGUUCGUAUGCUGGAUGCCAAACCAGGUGCGGCGCAUGAUGACGGCAUCCAUACCCAAGAAAUCAUGGAAUAAGACUUACUUGCUGUCAUAUGUGAAAUUGCACCCUAUAGCUGACACCUUCUUCUACCUGAGCUCUGUGCUAAACCCCAUGCUCUACAAUCUCUCAUCACGCCAGUUUCGCACAGCUUUCCUGCAGGCUUUGUGCUGCCGUCUCUCUAUCGAGCAUGUUAACAAGAGAACAGUGGAGAAGAGCAAAGCUCCUCAUGCAUCCAGCCAUUCACUGCGUCCACUGCUGCGUAAAAUAUCCCGGCAGAAGAGCGCUCGGCCUUCCAGCAGAGAUGCUGAAACUCUGACCCUGAGUGCAGAGAGCAGCUCUGUUGUUCAGAAAUUAGACACACCUCCAGCUGUCUCGUCAGAGACCGACACAUGAGUCAUGUCAAGCCUCCUCCUCGACUAAACCCUACUUGGCACCCUGGAUCAUUUUAAUGGCCACUUUUAAGACUUGUUGGUCCACCUUGUAGAUGUAGUUGCAGACUGUUGCUCGUCUUUUUUUUCCACGUACAAUUUGGCUGGAUGAGGAACUUUGUUUGGUGGAAUGUUUCUCAACUCAGCAGUGACUCACAUGAAAUACACACAAAAAUAUUUAUACCUAUAAUAAUACCUCACUUUUGUGCUCAGUAUUAUUCACCACAAGGUACAUUUGGGUCAUUGGUAGUACUAUAGUGCUUCCUUUUCGCUUAUGAACGGGUUAAAUUCAGCCGGAAUUUCUACACUCAGAUGUUUUAUGUACAAACUCACCUAUGUGAUAGAAUUCUGUGGCAAAGUAACCACUAAGGUUAGGUGCAAAGACAGCUCCUCCUUUAUAAACUGGAAACUAGUAUAGAUUUUCCCUUUCCAUGCAUUAGGAAUGAAUGACUGUAUUAAUUAACACUAUACAUUAAGGUUCCCUAACAACUAACAUUAUUUACUACAUUCUUUUACACAAACAUAUAAUAAAUUCUUAAUAAUGUUAACACAGUAGGUUAGCACAUGUAUUAAAUGACAGUUGCUUAAAUGUUAAUGGAAUACACCUGUACUGAAUAAUGUUUAUUCAAACCAGGACUUAAAAUAUAUCCACAUACGAGAGCACGGGGAGCCUGUGCCUAUCUCAGGCGCCAUCGGGCAUCAAGGCAGGAUACACCCUGGACGAAGUGCCAACCCAUCGCAGGGCACACACACACUCUUAUUCACUCACAUGCACCUACCAUGCAUGUCUUUGUACUCCCAAGGCACGGGGAGAACAUGCAAACUCCACGCACACAAGGCGGAGGCGGGAAUCGAACCCCCAACCCUGGAGGUGUGAGGCGAACGUCCUAACCACUACGCCCCUGAUAAACAUUAGGUAAAAAAAACAAUGUUAUGGUUGUAGUGUAUAAACAUUGACGUUCAUGUUAAACACAUGAUAUAUACAUAUGUUAUGUUGUGUGUGUGUGUGUGUGUGUGUGUGAGUUUGCUUUCACACAAUUGCCUGAGAGAUUCUCCACUUUGGUGAAAAUAAAGAGUGUGUUUUGAUAUA